UGCGGAAGGCGGAAGUGUGCGCUGAGAGGUGGUCGUGAAGACCCGCUGAGGUGGCCCCGGUUGGUCUCUGGCUGCGCUUCCGCGUCUGGGCGCCGGGACACGGAGGCGGCCGGCGACAGCGAGUGGGGGACGAUGCCAUGAGGCAGCCGCAGGGCCUGGCGGGGUCUGGAGGUUGACCGUCCCUGCCGCCUUCCCGCGAGGCCGCCUCCUCCAGGCAGUCGCCCGUCCGUGUCAGGUGCCUCGGACCGGGGCUCCCGGGCCCUAAGCCCCGCGCGAUGACCGCGGCCGCCGCCUCCAACUGGGGGCUGAUCACGAACAUAGUGAACAGCAUAGUGGGGGUCAGUGUGCUCACCAUGCCCUUCUGCUUCAAACAGUGUGGCAUCGUCCUGGGGGCCCUGCUGUUGGUUUUCUGCUCUUGGAUGACGCACCAGUCCUGCAUGUUCCUGGUGAAAUCCGCCAGCCUGAGCAAACGGAGAACGUACGCGGGCCUGGCGCUGCACGCCUACGGGAAGGCGGGGAAGAUGGUGGUGGAGACCAGCAUGAUCGGGCUGAUGCUGGGGACCUGCAUGGCCUUCUACGUUGUGAUCGGCGACUUGGGGUCCAACUUCUUUGCUCGGCUCUUUGGGUUUCAGGUGGUCGGCACCUUCCGCAUGUUCCUGCUCUUCGCGGUGUCCCUGUGCAUCGUGCUUCCGCUCAGCCUGCAGAGGAACAUGAUGGCCUCCAUCCAGUCCUUCAGCGCCAUGGCCCUCAUGUUCUACACCGUGUUCAUGCUUGUGAUCGUGCUCUCCUCCCUCAAGCACGGCCUGUUCGGUGGGCAGUGGCUGCAGCGCGUCAGCUACGUGCGCUGGGAGGGUGUCUUCCGCUGUAUCCCCAUCUUCGGCAUGUCCUUCGCCUGCCAGUCUCAGGUUCUGCCCACCUACGACAGCCUGGAUGAGCCGUCGGUGAAAACCAUGAGCUCCAUAUUUGCCUACUCCCUCAACGUGGUCACUGCCUUCUACGUCACGGUCGGCUGCUUCGGCUAUGUGAGCUUCACCGAGGCCACUGCAGGCAACGUUCUGAUGCACUUUCCCUCCAACCUGGUGACGGAGAUGAUGCGAGUGGGCUUUAUGAUGUCCGUGGCCGUGGGCUUCCCAAUGAUGAUCCUGCCGUGUCGACAGGCCUUGAACACGCUGCUUUUUGAGCAGCAGCAAAAAGAUGGGACCUUUGCUGCUGGAGGCUACAUGCCGCCCCUGCGGUUCAAAGCCCUCACCUUCUCAGUCGUGUUUGGAACCAUGGUGGGUGGAAUCAUGAUCCCCAACGUGGAGACGAUCCUGGGCCUCACGGGCGCGAUGAUGGGAAGUCUCAUCUGCUUCGUCUGCCCGGCUCUGAUCUAUAAGAAAAUCCACAAGAACACCCUUUCCUCCCAGCUGGUGUUCUGGGUUGGCCUGGGUGUCCUGGUGGUCGGCACACACACGACCCUGUCCGUGAGCGAGGACACCCCUGUGGACUUGGCCGAGGAAGCCCCGGCCGGCCGGAUUGAAGAGGCCGAGGGCAUCGUAAAGGCAGAGGCGGCUCGGCUCCCAGGUACGCAACGUCCAGGCCUGAAUCCAGGCAUGGACACAGCCGCGGACGGCCGAGAUAAGCCGAAGCUGCCCAAUGAGAAAGAUGAGAUGGAGCAGGCCCAGAUUAAGGGCCCCGUGGACGCGCCCCAGAGGGAAGGCGCCAAGGAGAAGCAGGAGGAGGCGCAGCUGGACCGGCCGGGCCGAGGUGUGGCAGCACCAAUGGGCGAGGCCCACCGCCACGAGCCCCCUGUCCCUCAUGACAAGGUGGUAGUGGACGAAGGUGAAGACCGAGAAGAACCAGCGGAGAAUGAGCGUUCGUCCAAGCACGUGGAGGAAAAGGCUCCAGGGGGCAAGGCUCAGAUGGCACUGCCUCUGCCAGAUUCGGAAAGAGAGAGACCCAGACAGGACCAGGUCUUAGAGGUAGCAGGGGGUCUCCCUGAAGAUCCCUGGAAGGUUCCAGAAGGCAAUGGUCAGCCGGCUGUCGAGCCCAUGAAGGAGGACCAGGGUCCAGGCGACAGGGGUCUGCAGCCAGGGCCCCAGGCAGUGCCACCCGAGGGGCAGGACGCCCCAGCAGCUGGUGCGGCGGAGAGAGCCGGCGGGGUCCCGCCGCCGGGCCGGGCUGCAGGCGCCGCGGGCAAGCUGGUGGACAAGAGUGAGCCCGGUGGGAAGGCCGCCCUCCCGGUGAAGCUGGCCCCCGAGGUCGGGCCGCAGGCAGAGCCGCAGGAGCAGAGGGAUGCGGAGGGCCAGGCCGGAGGCCACGCCGGCAGCAAGCUGGAGGAAGCCGGCCGGGCGGAGAUGCUGGACCACGCGGUCCUCCUGCAGGUGAUCAAGGAGCAGCAGGUGCAGCAGAAGCGGCUCCUGGACCAGCAGGAGAAGCUGCUCGCGGUGAUCGAGGAGCAGCACAAGGAGAUCCGCCAGCAGAGGCAGGACGGCGAGGACGCCGAAGCGCAGCCAGAGCCUGGGGUGCCGGCGCCCAGAGGGAAGGAGCAGGAGACCCAGGAGGGGCAGACCGCGGACCAUCCCCUGCAGCAGUCUGUGGAACCUGCACUCGGAGCCCCCGGGCGUCUCCCCGCUCCACCCCAGGGCCACGGCGCGGGCGCCUUGGAGGAGCCCAAGGCGGAGCUCGAGGUGGCUGUAGGCAGAGCUCCAGCGGGUCCUCCUGGCGCUGCCGACACGGAGCCCCGGGCAGCCCAGGCUGAGCCGAGGGAAGGCCAGCGGGGCGCUAUGGCCCAGGCAGCUGGCCCUGGCGUGCCGGAGCGGGUGCCCGUGCUGGACCCUGCCGAGGGGCCCAAGAGCCCAGAGAAGCCCGUUGCUGGUGAGCUGCCCAAACAGGACACUUUCGGCAGAAGCUCCCACGAAAGGAAGAAAUCCCGGAAAGAGGUGGCCCCCAGUGCCAGUGCUCAGGAAGUGGAUGUGCCAGGGGUGAGGGAGAAUGGCGACCCUCAUGUGAGGUCCCAGCCGGUGAGCCGAGGCCGGGGACCUGCAGGCCUGUCCAGCAGGUCAGGAGGAGCAGCCCCCGGGGCCCAGGCUGAAAUCCGACAGCUGGAACACCAGGCCGUUUCUGUUGGGACUCAGGGUGGGCAGCAGGGCGCUCACCUGGAGGCCAGAAAGACCAUCACCGGGGACCGUGCACUUGCUCUGGGGGAGGACACUGCCGUCCAGGAGCCGGAGCAGAGGCAGAACCCUGAUCCGGGGCCCAUCCCUGGGGCUCAGAAGCUAGACCAUGCCAAAGCCAACCGAGACCUCAAAGUCCAGGCCGGUUCUGACCUUAGGAGGAGACGGCGGGAUGUGGCUCCUGGGGCAGGCGGGGACCCGGCCCCAAGGGACAGGGUCAUCAUCAGCUUUAACCCUCUCCCGGACGUGCAGGUCAAUGACCUCCGUCGUGCGCUGGAGACCCAGCUACACCAGGCCGCGGGGGGUGCCUUGUGGGUGGUCCACGGCCGCCAGGUCAAGCAGCUGGUGGGAGCCCCAGAGGAGCCCUGAGCGGCCACCAGCGGCUGCUGUCCUCCGUUGGUGGGUCUCAGCCAGCUGUGCAGAGGCCACAUGGGUGCAGAGUCAGAGUCCUGCUGUGGCUGGGGGUCUGAGUGGCCUGUCACCGCGGCCUCGCUGUCCAGGCGGCCCGUGCCUUCUCCGUCCCGCAUCUUCAGCUUGUCCGAGUGACUGAGCUCGGCAGGACCCAGAUGACGCAGCGGCCGGCUGCGGAGCGCGGCCCUGAUACGGACACGGGCUGCCGUGAGAGCCCGCUGCACGCCAGGCUCCCGCUUUCUCCGUCGUCGCAAACGAGACGUUGCGAGGGUUGCAGAGAACCGUAAGGAGCUCCGCCCACGCUCCCCUCCUCGCCGGACGCACUUCAUGGCUACGGGUGUCUCAGGGUCAGAGCCGCCCGCCUGCGUGCCCACCUCGGCCCCCGUCACAGCCCCUCUGCUCUCCACACUCCCUCUGCUUUUCUAAACCAUAAAGUUGUUUACAAAUCAGAAAC